AAGAGCAGAGGGAGGGAGGGAGAGGAGAGAGAGGAGCAGAGGGAGGGAGACCUGUUAAAGGAACAGUCCCAGUUUUUCCUUCACCAUGUCUGACGGUGAAUCAGCAGGAGACAAACUGGUGUCGGUGGACUUUGAAAUCUUCGGUCACGUUCAGGGAGUCUGUUUCAGGAUGUACACCGAGCAGGAGGGUCUGCGGCUCGGGCUGGUGGGCUGGGUGAAGAACACCCGCGGUGGGACGGUGGUGGGGCAGGUCCAGGGUCCUGCAGCCGCGGUGGAGCAGAUGAAGGUGUGGCUGAGUAAAGAAGGAAGUCCGUCCAGUCGGAUCACCAGAGCUUCCUUCAGAGACCAGAGAAGCAUCGACAAGCUGCAGCUCUCCGGCUUCAACACUCGCUUCUGACCAAAUAAUCAAAUGCAAAUAUAUAUAUAUAUAUAUAUAAAUCCACUGUGUGUAUAAAGUAUAUGUGAUUACAGGC